UCACUGCAAAAGCACUGUCACACUUCCAAACAUCAAUCAAUCAAUCAAUUAAAUCAAUGGCUUCCAUGUUGAAGCUGCUUCGAUGCUUAAACCCUAAUCAUCAUCAUUUCACUUCUUUGACUCGAUUCCAAUCUGGCCGCCAUUUAUCAAUCUUGUUAAACCCUAACAAUAAUUCCACAACCACCACCCCACUUUCCACCAAAGAAAAAUCACGAGCCGCUCUUUCUCUCCUCAAAUCCGAAAAGAACCCCAAACGCAUCAUCGAAAUCUGCCGAGCAGCUUCACUCACACCCGAAUCGCAUCUUGAUCGCAUUGCGCUUUCCAUUGCCAUUUCAAAGCUUGCUGCUUCAAAUGACUUUGAUUCUAUAAUUAGCUUCAUUAAUGAGCUGCUUCGCACCAGACCUGAUUUAAACAACGAAAAGUUCGUUGCUCACGCCAUCAUCUAUUACGGUCAAGCCGGCCUUUUAAACAAUGCCUUCCAACUGUUUGAUGAAAUGUCUCAACUGGGUAUUCCUCAAAAUGCUAAAUCUUUAAAUGCUUUGUUGUUUUCUUGUAGGUCGGUUAAGGAAUAUGAUGAGGUUAAACGGGUCUAUCGCAAAUUUCCUGGAAAGUAUGGGGUUAUGCCCAAUCUUGACACGUAUAACACCGUGAUCAAGUCUUUUUGUGAGUCUGGUGAUUCUAGUUUGUGUUAUUCGGUUAUUGAUGAGAUGGUUGGGAACAACUGUAAACCAAAUGCGACUACUUUUAGUAUUUUGAUUGCUGGGUUUUAUAAAGAGGAAAAGUUUGAAGAGGUUGGGAAAGUUUUAGAGGUGAUGAGGAAACAUCAAGUGGCUAUAACGAUAGCAACGUAUAAUACGAGGAUUCAAAGCCUGUGUAAGCUCAACAAGACAGACGAAGCAAAGGAGCUGCUUGACCGGCUUUCGUUAAGUGGGUUGAAGCCUAAUUCGGUAACUCAUUGUCAUUUGAUUCAUGGGUAUUGUAAGGAAGGGGAGUUGGAAAAAGCCAAGGACUUGUUUCACAAGAUGAUUAAUAGUGGCUUUAAACCGGAUAGUGAUUGCUAUUUUACACUUGUUAGUUAUAUGUGCAAAGCUGGUGAUUUUGAAGAAGCGUUGGAAGUUUGCAAGCAGAGUAUGGAGAAAGAUUGGGUUCCCAAUUUCUCGACUAUGAAGUUACUUGUCAUGGGGCUUGUCAAAGCUUCGAAGGUUCAAGAGGCCAGAGAGCUUGUUGGGCAAAUGAAAGAGAGGUUUCCUAAAAAUGCCCAUAUGUGGAGUGAAGUCGGAGAGAGUUUAUCGGCAUUAGAGGAUACUUGAGAUGGUACGCUGAUAUCUUUUUGCUUCAAUCCUUCGUUUUUACAGUGUUCAUAAACUGUAUGAAAGUUUCAUCUUUAGGAAUGGAGCUACUUCCUUCAUUUUAGAAUUCGGCUCAAUUGAAGUUGCUUUUAGGCGUCUAUAUGAAAAUUGACUUUGUUUUUACAGUAUGGAUAAACUGUAUGCUCAUAUGAAGUUGCUUCUAGGUGUCUGAUUUGUCAUGCCACUAUUUAUUUCCAUUUCUUUUGGUAUAAGAUAUUACUACUUGUUUAGUUGUUCUACCGCUUUUA